CGACGGGAAGACGCACUCGCGACCCGGAAGGCCUUCCCGCCGCACUCCAAAGCCGGCGUGAGGGGGGCCGAUGGCGGAGGGAGCGGCGGAGGCCCCAGCAGAGAGCGGUGGCGGCAGCGAUUCAGGAGCCGGCGCUCCGGAACGGGGGGUGGCUCCCAUUAAACCUCAGUACCUCACCACUAAGGAGCAGUUCCACGAAUUCCUGGAAGCUAAAGGGCAGGAGAAGCCCAGCCAGGAAAUCAAGGCAGGCGAUCCCGGUAGCAAUGACCUGGCUGAACCCGAGGCCAAGCGCAUCCGACUGGAAGAUGGGCAGACGGGGGAGGUGGCCGAGCCCGGGGAGCAGCCGCAGGCUCAGAAGAGAGCCCGGGGCCAGAACAAGGGCCGGCCCCACAUGAAACCCACCCACUAUGACAAAAAUAGGCUCUGCCCCUCCCUGGUCCAGGAUUCAGCUGCGAAGUGUUUCUUUGGCGACCGCUGCCGCUUCUUGCAUGAUGUGGGCCUCUACCUGGAGACCAAGCCGUCGGACCUGGGCCCCCGCUGUGUGCUUUUCGAGACCUUUGGCAGGUGCCCCUAUGGUGUGACCUGCCGCUUCGCCGGGGCCCAUCUGGGACCCGAAGGCCAGAACCUGGUGCAGGAAGAGCGGGUCCAGGCCCCACCGGUCCGCAACGGCCUGGACAAGGCCCUGCAGCAGCAGCUGCGAAAGCGCAAGGUCCGCUUCGAGCGUGCCGAGCAGGCCCUCCGCCAGCUAAGCAAGGGCCACGUGCCGGGCCCCUCCCCUGAGGCCACGGUCCCUGAGGUCUCGGGGGCCGAAGGUGCCCCCCGGCAGGACAGCGGUGACACCCAGCAGGCCGUCCCAGAGCCAGGCGCUGAAGCCCUCGCCCUUGGCUCGGUGCGGACCUGUGGGCCCCUGACGGACGAGGAUAUAGUCAGGCUGCGGCCUUGUGAGAAGAGGAAGCUGGACAUCAGCGGCAAGCUGUACCUGGCGCCCCUCACCACGUGCGGGAACCUGCCCUUCCGGCGGAUCUGUAAACGCUUCGGGGCUGACGUGACAUGCGGGGAGAUGGCUGUGUGCACCAACCUGCUGCAGGGCCAGACGUCCGAGUGGGCUCUGCUCAGACGCCAUCCGUGCGAGGAUAUCUUCGGCGUCCAGCUUGAGGGCGCCUUCCCUGACACCAUGACCAAGUGUGCUGAGCUGCUCAACCGCACCAUCGAGGUGGAUUUCGUGGACAUCAACGUCGGGUGCCCCAUCGACCUUGUGUACAAGAAGGGCGGGGGCUGUGCCCUCAUGAACCGCGCAGCCAAGUUCCAGCAGAUCGUCCGCGGCAUGAACCAGGUGCUGGACGUGCCACUGACGGUGAAGAUCCGCACGGGCGUCCAGGAGCGUGUGAACCUGGCACACCGCUUGCUCCCCGAGCUGCGGGACUGGGGUGCAGCCCUGGUCACGCUCCAUGGCCGCUCCCGGGAGCAGCGCUACACCAAGCUGGCUGACUGGGAGUACAUCGCGCAGUGUGUGACGGCAGCCAGUCCCAUGCCCCUGUUCGGAAACGGGGACGUCUUGUCGUACGAGGAUGCCAACCGCGCCAUGCAGACUGGCGUCGCGGGGGUGAUGAUCGCCCGCGGUGCCCUGCUGAAACCGUGGCUGUUCACGGAGAUCAAGGAGCAGCGGCACUGGGACAUCUCGUCGUCCGAGCGCAUGGCCAUCCUACAGGACUUCACACGUUACGGCCUGGAGCACUGGGGCUCGGACACGCAGGGCGUGGAGAAGACCCGCCGCUUCCUCCUCGAGUGGCUGUCCUUCCUGUGCAGGUACGUGCCCGUGGGCCUCCUGGAGCGGCUCCCACAGAGGAUCAACGAGCGGCCGCCCUACUACCUGGGCCGCGACUACCUGGAGACGCUCAUGGCCAGCCAGAAGGCGGCCGACUGGAUCCGGAUCAGGUGCCAGGAGAGCGAGGCGCCGGGCUGCGGGAGGCCGAGGGGCCCGUGGGCCGCAGGCCUGACCCCACCCUGUGCCCUCUUCACAGUGAGAUGCUGCUGGGACCCGUGCCACCCAAUUUCGUCUUUCUGCCGAAGCAUAAGGCCAACGCGUACAAGUAGCCGCGGGUGGGGACGGGGUGUCUGAGGGCCCAGCGGGGUCUCUUGCUGCACGAGAAGACAAUAAAUUUUAUUCUUUUAAAACCCAGGCCUUUCUGUGACCCCGAGGCUUCCCCGUCCCGCUCUGGGGAGCUUUGUCUCGACGCCGGGCUGACCUGUCCCCAGCAGUUACUUUCCCUUUCUCAUUGACGAUCUCCCAGCCGCCCCCAUGGGCCAAGCCCUGUGCUGGCCACCAUGGCUACCCAGGGAGGCUUUACCCGCAAAGAAACCACUAGGGCUUGCGAGGCAGGGGCCUCGGCCCUCAUGGGUGUGGAUCCGGGCAGGCUGCCUGGAGGAAGGAGCCCUAGAGCUGCCCAGGGCACGGCUGGCAAAGGGUCUGCCCCACCCUUUGCGAGGCCUGUCUCUG